AUGGAAGAUUCUGAUCAACCUGCCAACUCUGCUGAAAACCAGCAAACUGAACAGGUUUGUAGUUUUUUCAGAAAACCGAUAAAUAAAAAGAAUAUAAGGAAACGGACUAUUGACGAUGAAGAUAAUGUGGAGGACUCAAACAAAGAAACUUCUCUGUUGCAUAUUCAAAAGAAGACCUUAAAACCUGACAAUAAGUUGUACUUUUUCACUGGCUCUUCAAAAAGCUCUGUAUCUGCUGAAUCAACAGAAGAGUCUGGAAAACCAGUCUUUCAGUUUGAGUCUUCAAAAGAUAUUCAAGUUCAACAUGAUAGCAAAGCAACGGCAACUCUAGAGACUGAGACUGAGUUUUCAAAAGAUGCUCGUGCCAUCCGUGAAAGAGCACUCAAGCAAGCAUCAGAGAGUCUGAAAGGGAAAAGUGCAAGGUCUGAGGAUGAAAAAUUAUAUAAGGGAAUUAACAGUUAUAAAGACUACAAAGCUGGCUUUCGUCGAGAACAAACAAUUGCUAGUGAAAAAGCUGGUGGGGCACAUGGUCCGCUUAGGGCUUCAGCUCAUAUAAGAGUUUCAGCAAGGUUUGAUUAUCAACCUGACAUAUGUAAGGAUUAUAAGGAAACUGGUUACUGUGGAUAUGGUGAUUCAUGUAAGUUUAUGCAUGAUCGAGGGGAUUACAAAUCUGGGUGGCAGUUGGAGAAGGAAUGGGAAGAAGCUGAGAAAGCUAGGAAGAUGAGAUUGGCCGCCGGUGAGGAUGCGGGUGAGGAAGAGGGUGCUAACUUGAUUGAUGAAGAUGACGAAGACGAAGACUCGUUACCUUUUGCAUGUUUCAUCUGUAGAAACCCUUUUUUGGAUCCUGUUGUUACCAAGUGCAAGCACUACUUCUGCGAGCAUUGUGCAUUGAAGCAUCAUGGAAAGAAUAAGAAAUGUUUUGUCUGCAACCAGCCAACACUUGGCAUUUUUAAUGUUGCUCAUGAGAUACGCAGGAAGAUGACCGAGAAUAAAUAA